AUGGCGAAGAAGGUGGAUCUGGAGCCGAGGAAUGAACCACCACAGGAAGGAGCAGAGGAAGGGGGGGAGGAGGAGGAGAGAUGCCCCAUCGAGGAGGUGGCGCUGGUGGUGCCGGAGACGGACGACCCUACGAUGCCAGUGAUGACAUUCAGGGCGUGGUUCUUGGGAAUUUCCCUCUGCGUGCUGCUGAUUUUCCUCAACACAUUCUUCACUUUCCGCACGCAGCCGCUCACCGUAUCGGCGGUGCUCAUGCAGAUCGCCGCGCUGCCCUUGGGGCGGCUCAUGGCGGCGGUGCUGCCGAACAGGGAGGUGAGGGUUUUCCGGGGUUGGGGAUUUAAUCUGAACCCCGGGCCGUUCAACAUGAAGGAGCAUGUGAUCAUCACCAUCUUCGCCAACUGCGGCGUCUCCUACGGCGGCGGGGAUGCCUACUCCAUCGGGGCUAUCACCGUGAUGAAGGCCUACUACAAGCAGGGCGUGAACUUCGCCUGCGCUCUCCUGAUCGUCCUCACCACGCAGGUGUCUCUUCUUUCCCCAUUUCCCGUCCUUUUCUGCCUCGACUCUCAUCUGUUUCUCGAGGAUUUGAUUUUUUCCAUUACUCUGUUACAGUUACUAGCUGUUUACGUCUCUUUCUUUUGGUCGAUGGCUGGAAGAGUAGGUUGUUUUUUACUUCAUUUGUCUCUUCUCUCGGGGCCAGAUGCUUCAGCCUUUUGAAGUUGGCCCGGCUUAAGAAUGAUAUUUUUUUCUAUGUUGGGUCUCAAUAAUUCUUUUCUGGGCCCUUUUUGACGUCGGCGCUCAAUGAUCUACUUGUAAGGGGGAAGGGCCCACACUGUGUGAGGCCUUUUUAGAGCAGGGUCCAGUGGUUGCAAAGCUUCCAGUUUAUCACUUGAAAACUUUUAGAGCAGGCCCACACUGUGUCGAGAUGGUGGUGGGUGAUUUCUAAUCCAAAUUUAUAAUUUAUUUCAUUUAUCUACGACAGUAAAAGCUUUGAAUCGUAGAUAUUUCACUAUUGGUACCGUAAUUUUAGCUGCUUUUCCUCUCGUGCUUCGGGUCAUUAAUUAUCACCUCGAGGGUUUACAAGCAAGUCAACGACGAAAGCAUGUGAUUGAAGAUCUGCCCAUUUCUACAGACUCUACCACUUGCUCCCCAUCUCAUCGUCUUUGACUUCCGAGGUUAUAUGAUGAUCGAAAUAUCAUGGUAAGCCCUCCUUAUUUCCGCGUUUCAAGCUUUCCGGAUCAGGAAAUUAGCAUCUGCCUACUGUCAGCCGUGGGGUGUUUAUGAGUAACUGAUGGAGCUCUGUCUUGCUGACAUACACGUUUCUCUUGGUCUUUAUCCGCAUGUCCUUAAUCUGGUAUUUAUCCGUCACAGAUUCUGGGCUAUGGAUGGGCUGGGAUGCUGAGGAGGUAUCUGGUUCAACCAAUUGAGAUGUGGUGGCCGGCUAAUCUCGCCCAAGUCUCCCUCUUCAGGUCAAAAAUCCCAAGCCCCUCCUGCUCAUCCUCCUGAAUUCAGACCCAGCUGAACUCCAACUCUUUGCUCUAAUGCCCCGCAGAGCUCUCCAUGAGAAGGACCCACCAAAGGCAAAUGGGUUGACCAGAAUGCGCUUCUUCCUCACGUUCAUGACUGCCAGCUUCAUCUACUACGCCCUCCCUGGAUACCUCUUCCCCAUGCUCACCUUCUUCUCGUGGGUAUGCUGGGUGUGGCCUCACAGUAUCACCGCCCAGCAGAUCGGCUCGGGGUACCAUGGCCUGGGGGUCGGCGCCUUCACUCUCGACUGGGCAGGGAUCUCCGCCUACCAUGGCAGCCCUCUGGUGGCUCCAUGGUUCUCCAUAGUCAACGUUGGAGCCGGCUUCGUCAUGUUCAUCUACGUGAUAGUUCCCUUCUGUUACUGGAAGUUCGACACCUUCGAUGCCAGAAAGUUCCCCAUCUUCUCCAACCAGCUCUUCACCGCAAGCGGCCACAAGUAUGACACCGCCAAGAUAUUGACGCCACAGUUUGAGCUCAAUGAAGCCGCAUACAACAGCUACAGCAAGCUCUAUCUGAGCCCGCUCUUUGCGCUGUCAAUAGGGUCGGGAUUCGCCAGGUUCACUGCCACCCUCACCCAUGUGGCUCUCUUCCAUGGCAGGUCAGCCCCCCUCCCCCUCAGGCAUUUGAUGACAUGAUUUUAUAUUAUGAUUUAUAUAGUGUAUGAACUAAUUUAAUUCGGAUUAACCAUGAAUCAUCUUAGUGAAUCCUUACGCACUCACCCAGAGCUACUAUUAUUUUAUUUUUAUAUAUCUAUUUUUAUGAAUGUCUGUUACUAGAUCUAAAGAUCUUUUCUAAAUUCCCAUUUUCUUUUCAAUUAAUGUCCAAAACGAGCCUGUACCCCCAACAUCAGUCUGAUACAAAUAUGUUGCUUAAGUUCCGUUUUUUUUUUUUUGGGUUAAAUUAUAAUCCAAUACAUACGCAGGGACAUCUGGAGGCAGAGCAGAGCCGCCGCAAAGUCGGUGAAACUGGACGUACAUGCGAGGCUGAUGAAGAGCUACAAGGAAGUUCCUCAGUGGUGGUACCUCGUCCUGCUGGUGGGCAGCAUCGCGCUCGCCCUGAUGAUGUCGUUCGUCUGGGAAGAGCAGGUGCAGCUGCCCUGGUGGGGGAUGCUCUUCGCGUUCGGGCUUGCAUGGCUGGUCACCCUCCCCAUUGGAGUCAUCCAGGCAACCACAAAUCAGGUAAAAUCAAAUCUUCUUUCCAUUUGAUUCAGUUCAAUCCAGUGCAUCUUCCUCUCUACAAAUCGCCAUCAUGAUACUAAUAUUAGUGGGAGUAGAUCGGUGAAGUAUAUAAAAAGUGAAUCGGAGAAUAAUUUAGAUGGGCAUGAACUUACUGACCUGGAAACUUGAUUGGAGAAGAAACCCAUGUAGUCCAGUCAUAUCAAGAUCAAAACUUGGGGCGAGGAAGAGAUCCGUCCAAAUCUGGUAUAAUGUAUCCCGACCUCUUCUCAUCUGAACAGCAACCGGGUUACGACAUCAUCGCUCAGUUCAUGAUCGGCUACAUCCUCCCGGGGAAGCCCAUCGCCAACCUGCUCUUCAAGAUCUACGGGAGGAUCAGCACCGUCCACGCCCUCUCCUUCCUCUCCGACCUCAAGCUCGGGCACUACAUGAAGAUUCCUCCUCGGUGCAUGUUCACGGCCCAGGUCAGACCCACCAGGCUCCUCUCUCUCUCUCUUCUCAUCCUCUCAACCUUCUCCCUCGCCGGUGCAGCUGGCAGGGACGGUCGUCGCCGGCGCCAUCAACCUGGCGGUGGCCUGGUGGAUGCUGGGGAGCAUCGAGAAUAUCUGCGACGUGGAGGCGCUCCACCCGGAUAGCCCGUGGACCUGCCCCAAGUACCGGGUCACCUUCGACUCCUCUGUCAUCUGGGGGCUCAUCGGCCCAGCCCGCCUCUUCGGCGGUGGCGGGCUCUACCGGAACCUCGUCUGGCUGUUCCUCGCCGGCGCCCUACUGCCGGUGCCGGUGUGGGCGGCGAGCCGCGUUUUCCCGGAGAAGAAGUGGAUCCCCCUCAUCAACGUCCCCGUCAUCUCCUACGGCUUCGCCGGCAUGCCGCCGGCGACGCCCACAAACAUCGCGAGCUGGCUCGUCACCGGCGCCUUCUUCAACUUCUUCCUCUUCCGGUACCGGAAGAGGUGGUGGCAGCGGUACAACUACGUCCUCUCCGCGGCUCUGGACGCCGGCACGGCGUUCAUGGGGGUGCUGCUCUUCUUCGCCCUGCAGAACGAAGGGCGAAACCUGCGGUGGUGGGGGACGGAGCUCGACCACUGCCCCCUGGCGGUGUGCCCCACGGCCCCCGGCGUCAGAGUAGAAGGGUGCCCCGUGUUUUAG